AUGCCUCGCGGAUCUGUGAGCCAGCUCUUGAAGAUUGCGACCUUGCCAGAGGGUCUCAAGAUGUUCAUCACCGACUGGCCUACGUUUGCAGGUAUUCACAAGAACUCAUCGCUCAACGACAAGAAGAGCGUCUUUCCGCUUGAAGUCUCGCCUACAAUUAACUAUGGCCGCAUGGGAGAAGUUGUCCUGACGUCGCUGAGUAACUUCGACUCCGGGACCGGCCCCACAGCUUGCAUCGACUUCAUGCUAUCUGGAGAAAUCUUAGUGCACGGCAACAAGACCCAAGUAGGACAGAAGGGGACCAUCACUAUCUCGACAGGCGAGUGGGGUGGCUGGAUGUCUUUUUGGGGCAAUCCAGCCAGGAUCAUGCUAGCAUACAACCUCAUCGACUCCGCAAGUAUCAACCAUGAGGUCGACAUUCCUCAGUCCGGACACACCAAGGAGCUCAUAAUGGAACUGGGGCUCGACGACCAAGGGAACAGACUGGCCAUGAAGGUGGAGACUGAGAAGAAUCUUGCGUUUGAUGUCGCAAAUGUGCUGCUGGGAGGGGUGUAUUAUGUUCACAAAGCAGCGUACGGUUGGGCCUUUGGAGCUGUUGGAGGGUGGCCAGCUGCCGUUGGUUGUGUAGCGGGGCCUGAGGUGAAGAAGCUCCUGUUUGGCUAG